AUGGAGCCGAUUGGUGUUUUGAACUUUAUAAAAUGGAUUUUACUGGUGUUUGCUCGUAGCUUAUACCACAAUCUUGUACCAUAUGAGUGGAAGGUCAAGAAGAACUUGACAGGAAAGGUUAGUCAUUUUUUUUGGUUAGGCAACAACAAAAGUUUAAGAGAUGGAUUUAUAUCUGCCUAAGUCGACAAACUGACAUAAUUUUGUGCUGUAUAUUUCAUAUUAUGAUUGGUUUCAGCGAGUUUUGCUGACUGGAGCUGCAAGUGGUAUUGGAGCAGCCGUAGCAGACCGCUUGGCUAAAGAACAAUGUAAUCUGGUACUAUGGGACAUCAACGAAGCUGGACUGAAGCGAGUUAAACAAGAUUUGGAGCAUUACAAUGUUCAGGUUUGUUAUUUAUACUAGCUUAGGCUUAGUAGAUAUAAGUUUAGUUAGCUCAGGCUUAGUAGGCAUAAGAUUAGUAGGCUUAGGCUUAGUAAUUUUAGGAUUAGAGGUAAUAAGGAUUUCGUUUUAGAUACAUACACAAGUAGUUGAUUUAUCAAAGAAAGACGAUGUGAUAAGAGCGUCAGAAGAGUUGCUUUCUUCGGAUAUUGGUGAUAUUGACAUUGUUUUUAAUAAUGCUGGUUGUAUCAAUAACAAUUACUUUUUGGACACCAAGAUUGAGAGUAUGGACAGGUUAAUGAAUGUUAUGUUGCUUUCAAACCUAUACGUAAGUUAUUUUAGGCUUAACUUUUUUUUACUGAAAUUUUUUUUUAAAGUUAUGGUGUUAUAUGUUGAUGUUAAGGUUAUUAUUUUUGUCAUUUUUAGAUUGUUAAGCAGUUUUUGCCUAGAAUGAUCGAACGAGGAGAAGGUCAUAUUGUCGCGACGUGUUCUGUAGCGGGUCACCUUGGUCUCGCUGGUUUGUUUUUGCCAUACAUAUUUAAUAAUUUACGUUUGAAAAUGGCUUACCACUGCCAGUUUUAAAAUUCAAAAUAUUUUAGAAAUUGCUGAUUAUUGCGCAGCCAAAUUUGGAGUGAGAGGGUUCAUGGAGUCCUUGUACAAUCAAAUGGUUCUACUGGGACAUCACAAUAUUCAGUUCACAACUAUUUGUCCGUGGUAUGUGAAAACUCCAUUGCUGGAUGGUCAAGUUCACAAUAGCUUGGCCUUUCCACCGAUCGAAUUGGAUGGACUUAUCGACCGAAUGAUUCAAGCCAUUAAGUUGAAUGAAAGAGAAGUUUUAUAUCCGGCAAAAUUGAAUGUUUGGAUGGCUAUCAAGACGGUAUUACCAUUGAGUGUGCAACGAAGUAUCUUGUUGGGGAGGUACUGCUAUUCUUAA